AUGGAAGAUUUAAGACAAAGUUCAGUUUCUGCGAACGAUGAUGGCUAUUCGAGCGGAAGAUGGGGUUCAGGAAGUCGAGAUCGUAUCACUCCCCAUGAAGAUGAACCUUCCAAAACCGGUGAUCUCCCAGGAGGGCUAAACAACAAGGGCGGUGAUUUAAUACUCAACAGAGAUUACAGAUACAACCGUGGGGGAAUGCGCGAUUAUAGACCCUCAAGAGUACACUCCACUGGUGGGGGAUACGCGCGAAGUCAGUACAGGGACGAAUACAGGCCAGAAUAUCGUGAAGAAGAUGAUCGGGUCUGGAAUGAACGCCAAAACUAUCACAAUUACAACCGUCCUUAUGACUCUGCUUCUUUGGAAAGUUCACAAUCUCCUUUGAGAAGACUGGAAGCUGAUGAAAGGGCUCACAAAACAGGAAACACAGAAGUCGAAUCAUAUGAAGAUAAUCAGAUGGACACCACCACAAAGGACGCUGGAGCACAGAUCGACUUAGCUAAUUCUUCAAAUCGAAAUGAUACUAUAGCAGAAGCAACUCAUGGCCCAGCUGAUCGGGAAGAGGCAGUCAAGGAGAAAUUAUCUGCAAGUGCAAAAAGUUUAAAGGAAGCAUCGCCACCAGAAUACACCCAGGUGAAAGGUGAAGCCAAAAUAAGCUGGGAAGCGAAAGCUGAUGAUUUGGAAACAAAAGAAGUUGCUACCAAACUUGAUACCAAACUUGAUGUCGAAAAGGACAUUACUGAGGAAAGGCUUCUUAACGUAAAACAUGUCAGAUCAAAUACAGAAGACAAUGAUCAGAACGCAUCAACACAAGAGCUAGGCCUGAAGUACGAAAAGGUCGAAGAAGAGCAAAAGGCAGAGGAAGGAGAAGAGCAAGAGGAAAAGAAAGAAGAACAAGAUCAGAAAGAAGAAGAACAGGCCGUGCCUGAAGCCAAAGAUGAAAUUGAGACUGGUUUGAAAAUUCCGGCUGUCAAAUCACAGGAAGAGAAUACAUCGAUCGGAUCAGUUGACAAAAAAGUUACCAACUCAAAUAUCGUGGGAGCAAUAGCAGAAGCUACGAUCACCGUCAACUCUGUCAAUUCAACUGUGGGAGAGUGUAUGUUUCCGUUGAACAGGGUGGAAACCAAGUUCAAUGAGCUCAAGAAGCUUCCAGAAAUGGAGCGUCGAAAGACAUUAAAAUACCUGCAGCCAAAUAAACUUUUUGAUUUGCAGCAAUACAACUUCUACAAUUCAGCCUUUGUGAUUUUCAAGCAGGCAGAUGGCCCUAAUUUGCUUGAGAAAUCAUUGGAGCUCCAAAAACUUUUGGCGCAGAAGAAGAAAGAUUUGACUGAAGAGUAUAUUUACCGCAAGCACUUAUAUGAACAGCGAGUGUCAUUGAUGGACGAGCAGUUGAGCAAAUUCUAUAAUGUCGGUGAACCAGAAUCGAGACCGCAAACCAGCGAAAGUUCUAAGACGGAGGUCACUGAAAAGCCACUCUCAGGUCGCCGUGGUCGUCAUCAUGGCGACACCGUCAGAACUGAAGCAGAAUUUCUGGAAAUCCUAGCAACUUUGGAAAAAGAACGUGAAAAGGAUCCCAUGGUCAGAGCUCAACAUGGAUGUGCAAGAAUUCCUGAUAUGAUGAUAGAUCCAGUUGAGCGAUAUGCCACAGUUCAUUUUUUGGAUUCAAAUAACAUGGUGCGUGAUAAGUCACAGUGGGCCAAAAGGAUUGAAUUGGAUUCUGUGGAUACUUUCACACAAGCCGAGCAUGAGAAAUUUUGUGAAGCUUAUAGCUUGUGGCCCAAAAAGUUCGGACGUAUUUCUAGCCACAUGGGUGGGCUAAGAACACCCGAGGAGUGUGUUUUACAUUAUUACAGGACGAAGAAACAAGUGAAUUUCAAGCAAAUUGUGGCCAACAAGAAUCGGAGGGCAACAAGGAAAGCCUCCAGUACCAAGAGAAAAUCCAAAGACGGAAGGAUUAGAACUGGCACUCAUACUCCUGAACCCUCAACAGCCGAUUCUGCAAAUAUCAGUAUCGAAGGAACAUUGGGCGAACCAAGUGAUGAAGAGGAGGAAACAGAUAGCAACAAGAGAAGAUUGAGUACUUCCUCGUCUCCUACAGAAAAGAAAAAGCUGAAGAUUGCAGAAAAUUUGCCGGUAUUAGCUUCAUCGAUUGAAACCAGCCACAGUAAUCAUGAAACAUCCCUCUCUCUGGAUGAGGUUGAGAAGGGCGAAUUGAACCAAAGGACUGCUGCCGCAGAAUCACUAGAGAAACCUAAAAAGAAAAGGGGCAGAAAGAAGUUGAAUCCUGAAGGGGCUUCAUGCGCUCAAAAGCUCGCAGAGGCAAAAGAAAAUGUCCCAUUGUUGCAAUCCUCUAAUGGGGAUCCUUUGAAAGUUGUUAGUGGAAUGAAGGAAGAAUUUGACCAGAAACUCAAAGACACACCACCACACAGUCUGAAUGACCAGGCGAGCCGCGGAACUGUAUCUUCGGGUAUGGAGGAGAGCGAAAAGAAGAAGGAGAAACACAAGGACAAAAGCCAUAUCACAAGCUAUUGGAGCGUGCAGGAAAUCAGUUUGUUUCCCGAUCUCCUUCAAAAGUACGGAACUGAUUGGGAAACGAUGUCGAGGCAUAUUACAACGAAAACUUCGACCAUGGUGAGAAACUACUAUCAAAGAGGACUAUCCGAUAAUGCAAGAUGGGAGGAGCUGGCCCGUGAAGCAGAUUUAAAGCGUGCAAAAGAGAAAGAGUCAAUGAACGCCAAAUCUGGGGGUGUGAGCGGUCCUCCAUUGGGAUAUUUCUAUGACAGACGACCUUCUGCAUCGAAAUACUCGAUGGAUGAACAAAAGCCUGCAUUUUCUGAACCUGCCUCUCAAACAAUUCAACUCCCUGCUUUACAUACAUACUAUCCAUCCUCUGCACCUGCUGGGUCCGAAAGUUCUGUGAAUUCAACUUCGAGGUUACCCGCGGUAAGUCUUCCUGAGAAAAUUGAAACUUCAGAGAAAAACCCACCAUUGUUGCAGGUCCCAUAUCCUGCAAAUACCAAUCCAUUGUCGUCCCUGGUGGAGGCAGCAGGUUCUGUGCAAGACGGCGUUGAUUCCGAUCCAAGCCUGCUCAAGAUGAACUCGUUAUUGAACACUGUAUUGCAGCCCCCAAAUCUAAGAAGUUCGACGCACUCUCAUCUGCCACCACUGACGUCGACGUCAUCGGUGUCUCCUUCUUCACCCUACACACCUAAACUGCGUUCAUCUAUUAGAAGUUUGCUAAAUGAUGAAAAGUGUGAUUCCAAGCCGCCACAUACAUAUCCCGCCACAAACUUCAAGAACUUGAUGAGUCCUAAUGACCGAGCUCCUGACUCUUCGGGCAAAACGAUGCAGACUACUACGGGGAUGAGUGCACUUGAUGCUUUAGCACAAGUGGCUUUUGAGAGAAAAUAG